AUGACCUCCGUCCCUCGAGAGCACAUCGAAGACUUCACCGCACACGAAUGGUGCAAUCAAUUGCUCUCUGACCCAACCAUCACCCACAUUUCGAAGCGACACAUACCGGAUAAGCGCAAAGGUGUCUCCAAUACCUUAUUCACACGCACCCUAUUCUCAGACAACGCUAUCCGCGCGUUUUUGACCCUGUAUCGGCCUGGCAAAGGCCACUCGCGCGAGGUCGACGAGACCAUCAUCUUUACCGGAAGUGCGCCGAUACACGAUGUGCCCCAUGGCGACAAAUAUGAAAUGGAGCUGAAGCGUCAGCAGGCAAGAGAGGACAUAGCACAUGAUCCUACCGAUCAAGAGACGGCGGAACUCAUCAUUCUGGUUUCAAUAGGCAGCGAUAUAGACGGCGGAGUACGUCGUCUGCAUGGCGGGGUCACUGCUUCGUUGCUCGACCAGGCUAUGGGCACGCUGCUCUCGUAUUACUACGAGAAUACGAGCGCGACGUCUGAGCUGAACGUCAAGUACAAACAGGCGGUAACUACACCGUGUAUACUGAAGAUUAGCGCGAAAUUAGUGAGAGAGAAAGGGCGGUGGGUUGAGACUAUGGGUACUGUGGAGGACGGACAUGGCACGAUCUUUGCAGAAGGCUGGGGUGCUUUUGUGCUGGGCAAAGUUGGCGCUGCGAAGAUGUAG